AUGGACGCGUUUAGGAAAAAUGGCGAGAAACUACAGAAUGAAGUUGAUGAGCUGUGGCGGAUAUUCGUCACAGCUGCUAAACAGAUUUACUCGCACAGUGUUAUUUGUGUCCUCGACGGUCUCGACGAGUGUCAAGAAGAUGAUCAAAAAAAGCUCUUUCAAUUGCUUGGGAGCUUUUACAACACGCCCAGACCUGUCAAAGGUCCCCAACUAAAGUUUUUGAUCACUAGCCGACCUUAUCUGGACAUCGAAUAUCUAUUUCAUCAGCUUCCGUUGAUUAGAUUAGAUGGUGAAGAAUGCAGCGACGCUAUCAGUAAAGACAUCAAUCUCAUGGUCAAAGAUGGGUUGUGCAAACUCAACCUGAGACCAGAUGUGCAAGACUUGUUGGAAAACCGUCUGAUCACACCAUCAAAUCGGACAUAUCUUUGGGCACACCAUGUGUUGGAGGACCUUCGGGAUCCAAGACAUAAACAAACCAAAAAGGGGUUCGAAAAAGCACUCAAGUCUCUUCCGAAACCGUUGGAGGUGGAAUAUGACAAAAUUCUUAACCGUGUCAAGCACAACCGUCGGCACAAAGCGGAGAUCCUUCUUCGGAUUGUAGUGGACGCUUACCGCCCUCUUACGCUCUCAGAACUGGACGUCGCCUUUGAAUUGGCAACAGGGGGGCAAGACGCCCAAACACAUGACGAUCUUGACCUUGGUCUUGAUGGGGCUUCCAUAGCGUCUCGGCUACGAAAUCUCUGUGGGCUCUUCAUCUAUGUAGACGACUCCCGGAUUUUUCUCAUUCACCAAUCAGCGAAGGAAUAUCUUGUGAACAUCCACUAUCCUCGUCUUGCGUUAGAUGAGUCCCGGCCACAUUCUCAAAUGGUAAAAUCACCGAACAAGCUUCUCGCCAAUAUAUGCGUUCAAUAUCUCUCUUUAAAAGACUUCAGCUAUGAUCUUCACGAUGUAAAUUCCAACGACAAGGAGAGUUUUUACCCUUUAUUGGAGUACUCUGCCAUAUAUUUGGCAGAUCAUUUUCGCCAAGCAACAGUGGACGACGACAAGUUGUCGGCACAUAUCUAUGAGCUUUAUGAUGACCACAGCCAAAGGUUUGGAAACUGGUAUCAAAUAUCUCAGGCUACAAAUUCCUUCAAGGGAGCGCCAAAGACAUCUCUACAAUUAGCAGCAUUCAGUGGUCACCUCGAAAUGGUUUCGCAUUUUCUAAAAACGAAAGAAUUUCAAAAGGACACAGAACUCUGGAAUAUGGGAGAAGCCCUAUAUUGGGCAGCCCUAGGAGGCAACGAACAGAUCGUAAACAUCUUAAUUGAGAAUGGAUCAGAUGUCAAUGCAAACAUCAGCGAGCCCCUACCAACGCCAAGCGGGGAGUGCGAUAAGCUGGACUUUAUGCUACUUGACAGUGGCGCGGAUGAUAUUUCACGCUCAUUACUAACUGCCUCUUCAAAAGACCACUUGAGGAUUUUGCGGCUUCUUGUCGACAACUAUGUAUACUUGAACAAGCAAGCAAAGUUCGAUGUUGAUUCUCUCAGCAAUGCAUAUGCAGGAUACCAGAAGAGCCAUGGACGUCUUUUGCUUGAUUGUCAAGAUACCAAUGCACAUUUCGCUUUCUAUGGCAAUGCGCUCCAGGCUGCAGCUCAAGGAGGUCAUACUGGGGUCGUGCAGCUCUUGCUUAAUCGAGAUGCAGACGUCAACGUUGGUGGUGGUUUCUUUGGAAAUGCUCUUCAGGCUGCAGCUCGAGGAGGUCAUAGCAGGGUUGUAGAGCUUUUACUUGAGCGGGGGGCUGAUAUCAAUGCGCCUGGGGGGUUCUAUGGGAGUGGCCUCCAGGCUGCAGCUCGAGGGGGCCAUAAGAUCAUUGCAGAGCAUUUACUUGACAGAGGCGCGGAUGUCAAUACAUCUCGGGGCUUUUUUGGUACUGCUCUUCAGGCUGCAGCAAGGGUAGGUCAUAAGAAGAUUGUACGGCUUCUGAUUACUAAAUACGCAGAUAUUAACGCACAGGGUGGUUUAUACGGCACCGCGCUUCACGCUGCUAUUGCAGGCGGCUAUGAAGACAUUACCAUGCUUUUUCUUGAGAAGGGUGCAAAUCCCUAUGCACAAGGUGGCUUUUACGGCAGUAUUUUUGAGGCUGCAACUCAAACACACCACCCGAGGAUCGUACAGCUCCUCAACGAGAAGGGUUUCAAUGAUGCUCAGGGCGAUCAUCGCCAAACCAGGCAUGGAUCAUUUCAGAAAUUCGACAAUGCAAGCGCAGAUAUGCGGGUAGAUGGCAACGACCUUCCUACAGGCGCUGAUUUAGCUGGAUUUGAUGAUGGUCGCAGGGAAGAUUUUAUCCUGCGUGCCCACCAGACAUAUCAACCUCAUCAUACAUCCCCUUCUCAUCCUCAUUUGGCUUCUUCUGCUCAUCUGCAGAAUGAAGAAUCAUCCAGGCCACCUAAAAAGCGGAAAUGGCGCUCUUGA